UGCACGCAAAGCAGAAAAGCGCUGAAACUGCGGAGAUUUACUUUUGUUCAGUUGCCUGCCGCCGACAGCGAGGGAGAGGAGGUGUGUGUUUGACAGCCAACAGUAGAACAACGAAACUUCAACUUAGAUAUUUCUUUGUAAUACCAGUGUUGGUCCUGUGAUGGCUUUUACUUUUUGCGCUUUAGCUGAUGCUGAGAUGAAGCAGAGACCCUCACCGCGCCUGGCACGUUAGGGUGUCCGCACACGCACCGGGACGCGCGGCGCAUCUCCACUGAGAGAGACGCGGAGAAGAGGAAGGUCAAUUUGGAGUCCUGCACAUGGAAAUGUUAUCUCAAACUUUUUGAGAAUCAUUUUAAUCAUAAAUACUAAUUCUAAUUAUCUUCUUGACCUACGCCAAUGAGUGAUUUUGCUUUCCUCCUGCGCACACCAGAUGAGAAUCGAGCUUUUUGGCGUGUUUUCUUUUUUUUUUCUCGAAGGGAUGUUCUUCAACACAGCACGGAUAGCGGAUCCCUGACUCACUCUGGCUUUCUUGGCACAUAUGAAGAUCCUAUCCAGGAUGUUACAUGCUAAGCGGCCCAGGCAUCAUUGGGCCACAGUACACUACCAUCACCACAUAUCACCACAUAGCUGGGGGUCCUGCUGUGUCUAGGAAUUGCCUAUACCCUGCACAAUCUGCCUCCGUCUGGGGGGAAGAAAACGGAAUCUUGUUCCAUUAGUGACUUGGUGAACAUUGACAUUGGCUUUACGAGUCUCAUCUCUGGGCUACUAUGCAAUUACAACUGAUUUCCUUUGUUUUGAUCAUCUUGCACUGCAUGGAUUACACUGGUUGUCAGCAGAACAGCAGCCCCAGGCACCGGCAACAUAAACAGAUCUCUGGUGUGAGCUCAGGGUGCCAGCAGGGUGGCUGUCUGACCUGCUCUGACUACAAUGGCUGCCUGUCCUGCAAGCCUCGCUUCUUCAUGCAUCUGGAGAGGAUUGGGAUGAAGCAGAUCGGGGUGUGCAUGACUUCCUGUCCUCCGGGCUUUUAUGGCACGCGCUCCCCAGAGAGAAACACCUGCACAAAGUGCAGGUCGGAGUGCGACUCCUGCUUCAACAAGAACUUCUGCACACGCUGCCGAGCAGGAUUCUACCUUCACCUGGGCAAGUGCCAGGAGAACUGCCCUGAGGGGCUGGUCCGCAGCGACACACAGAGGGAGUGUGUUCCCAGGUGCCCUGCGGAGUGCGAGGCGUGUGUGAACAGUGAGACAUGCGCGCGGUGCCGGCCAGGCCUGUACCAGCUCACCGGGAGGUGCCACCAUGUCUGUCCAGAGGACUACGAGCCCAGUGACAAACUCAUGGAGUGCACACUACAAGCUCUGCAGCGAUCACUCAAAGGCAGAGAUCACAGUGUCACCAGAGAUGUCCGCCAACAAGAUUGA